AGCAAUGUUUUUCUGCUAUCGACACUUGGCAUGUUCUGGGGAAAUCUCAGGCUGGACUGCCCGGAAGCUACACUGCCAUAUACAGUAUAAAGUACCUACCGCACUGCAGUGUCCUUACGCUGACCUUGAGCCCGCGAAAUCGUUCCAACAUGGCGGCUCCCAUAAAAGCACAAGUCUUGUUAGAAAGUUGUAGCCCACCGAAUACUGCUAGAACUUAAGAAUUAACAUCGCAAUAUGAGUUUCAAGGCUUUUGAGCUGGUGCCAGUGCUGGAGAAGAUUAUCAGUAAUUCUUCAGACAAGCCUAAAACGAUUGAAUGUCUAGACUGCGCAGCACAAAAUUUGUUUAUUGGAACAUCUGACUGCUAUGUGUUCCACUAUAUUUUUGAUGACACCAUUUCUCCACUUGGAAGAACCACAUUCCAGGUCAACUUGCAAUCCCACAAACACAUUGGAAUGAAAAAGCCCAUCCAGCAGGUUGUUACAGCAGCUGGUAUCAACAGAUUGCUCGUUCUUUGUGAUGGUAUUAUCUUGAUGUUUAGCAUGUUUGAGCUGGAGUUUAUCCCCUCAGCAUUCCGGGAAAAAUUAAAAGGGGUCACUGCCAUUGCAAAGAAUGAUAACCCUAAAAACUUUGACCCCUUCUCUGUUGAGAUCUACAUAUCAAUUGGAAGGAAAAAAUCAAUACACAUAUAUUCUGUGGCUGAAGAUAAGAUUAUUCCAAUCCGAGAAAUAUCUCUUCCUGAUCCUCCUAUACAUAUGGCUGCUGAUGGGGGUGCUGUUUGUGUAGCUCUUGGAAACCAGUUCAGGUAUUGCAUGGUAGAUACAGUAACUGCCAAGGUACAAGAACUCUUUCAUUUUGAAGGUGAAACUACAAAGCCCCUACUGAUGAGAAUAGGAGAGGAGGAAUUUCUUCUCAAUGGCCCCACCAAUGCCAUGGGGAUGUUUGUGACUUCUGAAGGGACCUCCCAGCGUGCACCCCUUAGUUGGGUGGAGUCAGUUCAAAAUCUUGGCUAUUCCUUUCCCUAUGUGGUCACACUUUCCAGUACUUCACUGACAGUGCACAGUAUUGUGAGUCAAGACCAAAAAGCUCAAAGACAAGCCAUAUCAUUCAAGGGAGGAAAAGUGCUUUUAAAUUAUGAAAACAAAGUGUUUGUCUGCCGUGAAAAGGAGCUGUAUUGCCUUGCUCCUUUGCCAUUCAAAAAACAGAUACAAAUGCUUUUAGUUGAGAAGAAAGUUGAUGAGGCUCUGCAGCUGGCCCAUGUUGCUAUAGAAACCUGUCCUGGACGUGACAAUGAUCCCAAGCUCCUGCGUCAGGUCCAGCAACAAGCAGGCUUUGUCUACCUGACAGAGGGCCUGUUUCAUGAUGCCUUGCACAUGAUGAGAGAAGGAGGAUUGGACCCUAGAGAGUUAAUAUCACUGUUCCCUGCCCUGAUUAAUUCCAAGUGGACAUUUUUUCCAUCACGAGAGCUGCACAGCAUCAAAGAUAUAAGUGCCCUCAUGAAAGGCAGUAAAACAUUUAUGGCAGAAGCAAAGAAAUUUGUGCUAGAAUAUUUGGAAGAUGCAAGAACACUACCGAGUCUGUACUCAGAAUGCAAGGAGGAGGUGGACUCAGCUCUGCUGCGUCUCUAUGCUGAGGUCAACUCCCCAAAGCUGUUGGAGAUUGUUUCUAAUGAGAACCAUUGUGCCACUGAAGAUUCAGAAAACUGCCUCAUGAAAUAUGAGCGAUACCAUGCAAGAGCAUUAUUUCAUUCCAACAACAAAGAGCCUGACAAAGCAUUGGAUUUCUGGAGAAGAAUUGCUUGCGGAGAGCUGAUGGAUCCCAGCUUUCCCGGUCUCGAAUUCGUUGCAAUGUAUCUUAGCCGCUUGCAGAACUACGACCUUCUAUGGACACACGUUCCUUGGCUUUUAGAGAAAAAUCAAGAACUUGCUGUUAGGGUUUUCACCGAGAGACCUGGUGACGAGCCAUCAAGCGAUCGUUUACAGCCAGACUUCAUCAUCGACUACUUGCAGCGUUUUCCUGUAGCAAGAAUAAAAUAUUUAGAAUUUUUAGUUUUUGAACAAAAAAUACAGAAGGAGCAGUACCACACCCAUCUGGCUCUACUAUACCUGGAGGAAGUUUUCCGAUUGAGGAGAGAUCCCUCCACUCCAACAGAAACGAUUACCAAUGCCAGGCAAAAGCUCCGUCACAUGCUGGAGUGGUCUUCGCUCUAUCGGGUGGCGCUUAUCCUGUCAAAGAUAAAAGAAGACUCAGAUCUAGAUGCGGAGGCCGCCGCUUUAUACGGCAAGAUGGAGCAACAUAACAAAGCCUUAAGGAUUCUGGUGUGUAAGUUGAAUGACUUCAGUGGUGCGGAGCGUUACUGUGGCAUCUACUCCAAGGGGAAGGAGAAAAGCUACCGCAUGAAGCUCUUCCACACGCUACUCUCGGUGUAUUUGCAACCUGGAAGUGACGCCGAGCCGUUUGUUAGCCCAGCCAUAAAGUUGCUCAACUCUCACAUCAAUGAUUUUGAUACAAAGGAGGUUAUCAAGCUGAUACCGGAGGAGUGGUCAAUAGGCGUGCUGAGUCAAUUCCUGACUGGGUCUGUCCGGUCCAGUCUACACCAGAGCCGCACUUCCCUCGUACUCGCCGCCCUCGCUAGAGGGGACAACAUUAAGGCACGUGCGGCUAGCAUUGCAACAAGAAAGGGAUACUUCACUAUCUACGAAGACAGAUUAUGUCAAGCUUGCCGACGUCCUUUCAAUGACAGCGCUGUGGCGCGUUACCCAAAUGGUGUCCUAACGCAUGUACACUGCGCACGGAACAAGCACGUGUGUCCUGUCACUGGUCACGUGUUCUCAUCCAACCAAUCAUGAACGGCGUUUCAACGUGGCUCUUACAUUCUUGGAUGGUUGUAGCGGCAGAGAUCACACGAUUAGUAUUUUAUGAAACAGUGCCCUCAUUUUACAUUCAAAUGAAAUAAUGGUGGGAACUUUGCCCUAUGUAAAUACCUAAUUUUUAUAGCAGAACACUUAUUGAUAUAUAAUAUAACAGGAAACCGAUCUUCCAGAAAAUUGCAAAUAAUCCGGUUAAAGCGACACAUUAUUGUAAAGUUGAUUCAUAAUUGUUAAGCUUGACAACUGACGAUUUUUAUUUUUGUUAAUAUGAUCCCAAUGGCGUGCAAUUGCAAUUAAACGCUUAAUCUUUCAAA